CCGGUCUUCGAUCCAAAAAAGCCUUUUUGCUCUGAUUCUUUCCGUCAUCGAUCAUCGCGCGCUAAAUACUCGUUGAGCAUCGUUAUUGCGUAAAUCCCCGAUAGUCGCAUAACCGGAUUUUCCAUAGUCUCUUUUCAAACGCGAGAAUCACGAAUUUUCUCGACACGUCUCUGGUCUCUCUCUCUCUCUCUCCCCCUCUCCCUCUCCUCCUCCUCCCUCCCUCCCUCCCCCUCUCGGACUGCAUCCCAAUCGAUCUCUCAAGCGUUCCCGUAGAAGAGCGGCUGCUCAGAGUCUUUGCGCAUAAAGUCUUUGCCGCGUGCAUACUGCUGUGCUCGUGUUUUUUUUUAACUCGUUUAAACACGACCAUCAGACUAGGGAGUUGUGUCCCUGAUUUUGAGCGAAUCCACGAAAAAUUAACCAUCAAAAUGGCAAAUGAACCUGAUAUGCCCACCUUCAAGUGCGUACUGGUCGGCGAUGGUGGUACUGGCAAGACCACCUUCGUCAAACGACAUUUGACGGGUGAAUUUGAGAAGAAGUAUGUUGCCACUCUAGGAGUCGAAGUCCAUCCGUUGAUCUUUCACACCAAUCGUGGACCGAUCCGCUUCAAUGUCUGGGAUACGGCUGGUCAAGAGAAAUUUGGUGGCCUUCGCGAUGGCUACUACAUUCAGGGUCAGUGUGCUGUUAUCAUGUUUGAUGUUACAUCCAGGGUAACGUACAAAAAUGUACCGAACUGGCAUAGGGAUCUGGUUCGUGUUUGUGAAAACAUACCAAUUGUCCUUUGUGGUAAUAAAGUUGACAUCAAGGAUAGAAAAGUCAAGGCUAAGAGCAUUGUAUUUCAUAGGAAGAAGAACCUCCAGUACUACGAUAUCAGUGCAAAAAGUAAUUACAACUUUGAGAAACCUUUCCUAUGGUUAGCGCGCAAGUUGAUCGGAGAUCCAAACCUCGAAUUCGUCGCUAUGCCUGCGCUGCUGCCUCCGGAAGUCACUAUGGAUCCACAAUGGCAGCAACAAAUUGAGAAAGAUCUUAAAGAAGCUCAAGAAACAGCAUUACCAGAGGAUGAUGAAGAUCUUUAGUUUAUUUAAUACAUUGGGGAUGGUCUUUACAGAGAGUAAGGCCUAUUAUGCGGGUGCUCCGUGGUCGUAUCGCGCACUCGUACAUCUUCAUAGAAGUCGAAGAUUCUUUCUUUAAGAAAAAUAUAAUUUACAUGCAAUAUUUAGUUCGAUGCUUUAUGCUGGGCACCCAACUUCUGUGAAUUUGCAUGUUACAUGUAUAGCCUUAAAGACGGGUCGCUUAAAUACGUUGUAAUACGGAAUGCGCAACAUGUGUGUGAUUGUGUAUGCGAUGUGCACUUGAAUGUCUAGAUUUUAUAAAAUUCUUAUGUAAUAAUGGUGAUAUAUUAUCACGUAAAUUAGAAACAGAAUAAAGUAAUGGUGAAACUGCGGAAAUGACUUGUGAUACGAAUUCAUAGAACCCAGCUGACUGAAGCUGAUACAACGUAAUAUGAAACAACCAAAAAAGAAUUCAUUACAUUUUCAGAUUCGCUCGUUUGUAUAGAUGUGCGUGCGUGCGUGCGUGUGUAUGUACAUAUAUACAUAAGAAAUGGAAUUGUGUAAGGUGUGCUGUAUAUUAAACACACAAUCACGCUAACCCACUUUAAGGCAUAUAAAAAGUAACAUCAUCUGUUUUUUAUUUUUGUUUAAUUUUCAUACUUUCCUAACACAAAGUAUAAGAUAAAAACUGCCAAUUCUGAAACGGAUAAAAUUGUGAGCGAAACUGCUGUCAGGUUCAAAUGUAGCAAAUAGAACUGUACUGAUACUAAAUGCGUCUUCUUGCAAAUCCAGGUACAUUUUCUGUAGCUAUUGGCUAAUCGGUCAAUCGCUAAGGAAGAGAGAGACGCUCGGUGCAAGUCACUUCAAUCUCGCUAUGAUAGAACAAGAUAACACGUUUGCUCUCGAUUGAACGCAAAUAUAGUAGAUCAGUAUGCAGUGAUUAAUUUACGAGAAAGAAUCUUGCGAUAUUUACAAAAUUAAUAUUAGAAGUCACUGUUUAUAUACUUAAGUAUGGACAGCAAAAUAAAACUGGACUGAAGUAUCAUUAAAAAAAACUAACUUAUGCCAUAUAUACACUUUCUUGAUGAAACUGCUUAAGAAACUUACUAGUGUGUAAAUUGAAAGGUACGAAUGUUGAGAGAGCGACCAUCUUUCGUGAGUAAGCAUCUCCUGUGGUGUCUUCUAUUUUAAUAGAAAGAAUGUUUCGAGAUUGAAGUGAAACAGAUUCGUAACCUGUUGCGUCUGUCCCGUUUCGACAAGGACUGUUUGCUAUUUUUAUAAGCAAAAGAUGUAUGUAUGAUUUGUUCAACUUAAAUUAUACGAAUUGUUUUUUUUUCUACACAAGGAAAUCCGUUCUGUGUUAGGAGUGUGAAAUUGUUAAUCUUUCCCUUUGAAAUCCAUUCUCAUUAAUCGAGAAAUCUGAUAGAAAAAAUACAUGUAAAUUACACCGCUAAAUAUCUAACAUAGAAAGGAACUGGGAAUAAUACAUUGCAACAUGUAUAUUUAAUUCUUGUAUACUUCUAUAGUGUUUCAUUGUUCUGCUUGAAGCAGAUUGUAUCACGCUGAUGUAUGAACUUUAAUAAAUUAUCAAACUGUUUUUGAAGCUACAA